AUGGUGUUGCUAGAAUACCUUCAAAAGACCUCCCUCCUGUGUGCCGACGAUAGCAAUGCUCCAAAAUUACUUGCCACUUCGACCCCCACUAAGGGAUAUCUACAGAAUGACGAUGGCGGGCGCGCACGGCGCAAUGUCAAUGCCCCCCUCUCACAACAAACAUGGAGUCUCCUAGGACCAGCAGCGAAGAUACUAAGGGGAGGAGUUGAUAUGGUUAAUAAUACAGUGGCAACGCUCCGCGAUGGGUUGACCGAGGAGGAUAGGAUUGCGCAGGCGAAGAUCGUAGAGAGGCGCCAGAUUUUAGCCUUGAGAGUGAAGAACGCAGAGACCGUGGAUCAAUGGAAGGCCGCUGCAAAAGAGCUAGAUAUUCUCGAGGAUAAUGAGGCCUGGAAACAGGACUCAACCUCUUCCGAAUUUGAUGCCGCGUUGAUCGAAGACCGGCUGAAGCAACUUGAUGAUGCGCGCAUCAGCUGCGAUGUUAGACUCAUGCUCAACCAGGUGCGGACCGCCUUGUCGAGAGAUUUGGGCGGCAUGGGAAACAUUGAGCUCUACAAACAUUCACACAUUGGGACGAAGGAUCUUAUAGAACGCUAUAUCGAUUCUACCCUCGACACAAUCCAAGCGAUAGUCGCAUUGAGCAAACAUAAUCUUCCCGAGGGGCUGGGCCCAAAAGAUGUCCUGGAACAGAUUGUGUACGCACGACAAGCAUUUGGAAGGAGUGCCUUGUUGCUCAGUGGAGGCGCGACGUUUGGAAUGAAUCAUAUUGGAGUGCUGAAGACAUUGCAUGAGGCCAAACUACUUCCUAGAAUAAUUUCGGGGGCUUCGGCAGGUAGCAUUGUUUGCGCCGUACUGUGUACUCGGACAGAUGAAGAAAUACCGGAGGUGCUGAAAAUGUUCCCCUAUGGUGAUUUGGCUGUAUUCGAAGAAGAAGGCAAGGAAGAUGGCGUACUUGAGCGGCUCCGGCGGCUUCUGACCCAGGGAUCGUGGAUCGAUAUAAAGCAUUUAACAAGAGUGAUGCAUGAUAUGCUGGGCGACAUGACUUUUCAAGAGGGAUACAACCGUACUCGGCGGAUACUCAACAUUUGCGUGUCAUCAGCAUCGGUGUAUGAACUCCCUCGACUACUCAACUAUGUCACCGCUCCGAACGUUAUGAUCUGGUCAGCGGUUGCAGCCUCAUGUUCUGUCCCAUUUGUAUUCUCAGCAGCUCAACUUCUGGUGAAGGAUCCCCUCACCGGCGAUCACAACCCAUGGAACCCCACGCCCCAACUCUGGAUUGAUGGCAGCGUUGAUAAUGAUCUCCCUAUGACUCGGUUGGCAGAGAUGUUCAACGUGAACCAUUUUAUUGUUUCCCAAGUUAAUCCGCAUGUUGUACCGUUUCUGGUGAAGGACGACGAUGCCAUCACCAAAGCGGCACAGUCCGAAAAUGAUUCCGGACCAGGAUGGGUCUACACCAUCACGAGUCUUGCUAAGGAUGAGGCUUUACAUCGAAUGCAAGUCCUAGCUGAACUAGGCGUCUUCCCUAACUUAGUCACGAAAUGCAAAUCGAUCUUGAGUCAGAAAUACUCCGGAGACAUCACAAUAUUACCGCAGAUCUAUUACAAGGACUUUCCUCGGAUACUGAAGAAUCCAACUUCGGAUUUCAUGGUGCAGGCCUGUCUAUCUGGUGAACGAGCAACGUGGCCUAAACUGAGCAGGGUACGGAACCACUGUGCGGUAGAGUUGGCAUUAGAUGCUGCUGUUCAGCAACUACGAGCGAGAGUAGUUUUCAGCCCCAGCCAAGUUGAUUUACGGAGAUUGACGACAGGAAGUUUGCGUAAUGCGCCUGGAUAUUUGAGAAGAAAGAGGGGAAAUAGCAGUAGCGCCAUUCACACUCUAGAGCCGCGGAACAAUGCGGCUGUUGAAGAGGGUGUCAAUAACGCAAAGAACCCCUCCUCCAGGCCGCCCCUAAGAGCCUCAAAUUCUCACUGGGGCAUAACAAGACGGUAUUUGUCACCAAUGGCUCCAUCGAACCCUCAAUCACCAGACGAUGCUUUUCACAAUAGUAAGGAACCCUUGCUCGAAAGGGCUCUAACCUCGACCAAGGCGCCGGGGCUCCAUCGUCAAAUGCCUGCGUCCUCGGCGACAGAAACGGCAACACCACAUUCUGCGUUUAGUUCGGAUGCAGAUAUUGAUUCCCAUACCGAUAGCAGCAGUGCCGAACCAGACGUUGGCGACACCUCGGCCAAAGGACUCAGCUUGUACUACGGAAAGGACAGUCAGAGCAGGGAUGAGGCAGAUGAGCUUGAUUACUUCUCCCAAAGCCAACCUAUUACCCCUAAGUCCGACCAUGUUCUAGCAACAUCUCCAUCGUUAAGAUCGAAUAUCGGAUUUUCUAUGUCCACGAGGACGAUAGCAGCAGAGAGGAAGAAGCCUUCAUGA